AGAAAGCGAACCUCCAAAUAAGUAGCAGGCCUCCGGGAGGGCUAUAUAAAACUCGGAUCUAGGGGCUGGUGGGUGGAAAGGCAGAGUUAUCAUGCGAGCUCGCAGCUGCCUUCUGCAGAACUGAGUUGCAUCAUGGAGAUCGCGAAGCACCCGAAGAGCAGAGAGAGCGAGGACCCGCACCUCCGCCAGCCGCCCUCGGCCCCAGAUCGCCCUCUACACCCCAGAGCCAACCCUGGAUCUGCAGGCUUCUGGAGGCCGUGGAUUGACGUUGUCGGAGGCCAGAAAGGGGAGGAGGAGCCACAGGGUGCUUCGCAGGCGGUGCCUGAUGGUGUCAAAAAGACUACUGAAGCCUUAGGGAAGCUUUCCCAAUACAGGCACCCCGUCAGACUAUUUUGGCCAAAAUCAAAGUGUUACGAUUACUUAUAUCAAGAAGCAGAAGCCCUCCUGAAAAAUUUUCCAAUUCAAGCUACAAUUUCUUUUUAUGAAGAUUCUGAUAGUGAAGAUGAAAUUGAGGAACUGACUUUUGAAAAUUAACUUUAUUAACUACUUUUUAUGACAUUAAUAGUUUAUAAAUUUAAAUUUAGUGUAAAAAUGUAUCAUAAUAGUCUUAAACUAAUUUAUUUGUAUAUAAGUUAUUAAUAAAAUGAAAUAUUUUGUAA